AUGUACUAUGUCUAUGGAACGUGCAUUCAACUGAGUUAUGAUGUCACAAAUGAGAAUUAUCUGAGUUUUGAUGUUGUCGAUUUUGGAUGUUCAGAAUUGGGUUUUGUACGUUAUUUGAAAAAUACACCGGGAGUGGAAGAAAUACUUUGUGUUGACAUUGAUAGGCAAGUUUUAGAAUAUAACAAAGUAAAAGCGGAGCCAUACCUUAUGGAAUAUGUGUGUUGUCGAAAAACACCACUUGUAAUUGAAUUAUGUGAAGGAAGUGUAACACAUAAUGACCGAAAGUUGGAGCAAACGGAUGCUGUAAUUUGCAUUGAAUUAAUUGAGCAUUUGUAUCCAGACACAUUAAUGGAUCUGCCCUUUAAUAUUUUUGAAUACAUCAUGCCAAAAGUAGUAAUAGUAACUACUCCAAAUGCAGAUUUCAAUGUAUUAUUUCCAAAUUUCUCAGGCUAUAGACAUCCAGAUCAUAAAUUUGAAUGGACAAGAGAACAAUUUCAAGACUGGGCACGAAAUAUUGUGGUGAGAUAUCCAUCUUAUAGUGUGACAUUUCAUGGAAUUUGUAAAGGACCUGCGGGCACUGAGGAAUUAGGUACAUGCACACAAAUGGCAGUAUUUCACCGACAUUCAUUGAUAGAAGAAUGCAAUAAAAUAAUAGGAGUAGAUGGAUUAUUUAAGACAGUGGCUAAAUAUGAUUAUCCUAUAUAUGUUGACAAUCGUUCAGACAAGGAAAAAUUACUGCAUGAAGCGACAUAUCAUAUCAUUAAUCUAGCCUACACUGAGGAGAGUCGAGAUGAAGUAAUUCUAAGUGAUAUAUUACCUUAUUUGGAAGAAAAAAAUUUCAAUGUCACAAUAGAAACGCUGAGAAAGGUUUUAACAGAUGCAAAUUGGAUUAUCAAAGAUGGAGAAGAUGGACCAAUAGUAAAAAUUGAUGUUUCUUCUUCUGAGUGUGAGGAUGAAGAUGAAAAGUUUCAUAGGGAUAAUGCUGAUUUGAUAAAUGAAGGAAAUAUAAACGAUUUGAAGUUUGAAGAUGAAUCAUUAGGAAGUGAGAUAUCUUCUGGACGAAGUUCGUACAUUGAAAAUUGGGAUGAACAACCCAGCAUCAUCAUACCUGAAAAUCGCUCUAUUGUCCGAGAAAAUACUUAUUUAUUUGAUGGUGAACAUUCCUUAUCAGAAUAUCAUAACGCGAGUUAUCAAAACGGAUCAUGCAACAAGUUUUACCAGUUUUCAUUAAACAGUACUUUUCAACAAUUUGAAAUGGCAAAUAAGCCGGCUAUGAAUAUAGAAAAAUUUACUGAAAAGAAAUGCCGAAAUUUAAUUUCCGUGCCGUUUAAAAAAAGUUUUUCGGAAAAAGACAAUAGUUGUAAUUUUGAACAAAUGAUUUCAGUUAAGAAUCAAGUUCAUGAAAAGAAUGAUAUGGCAGAUAUGGUACCAUUAAAUAUUUGUAGCAGUAGUAGUGGUGUUAAUAAUCAACCAAGAUUUACAAGUUCACCUAAAGCUUCUACAAAGCCAUUUACCAAUAUAAUUAAACAAAACUGUCCCGAAUUGAAAGAACUGCAUGCAGUAAAUAGGAACAUCUUAUCAUGUAUAGAAGAAACAAUUAACGAAACUGUAUUGGAAACUAACAGUAGUUCAUUAAAAGAUAUUAGUCAGAAAUCUAGUAACAGUACUAUUACAGAAACAGUUACAUUGUGCGCAAGUUCUUUAAGCGAUGAUAUUACUAAUAUUUCAAAAAAUAAUGUAGACUUAUGUCUCGAUAGCAAUAACGCACAGCAACAUUUGUGUUUAGAGAAUAAAGAAUUUACCGAAGUUGUGGAAUCAACGCAAGGUACAGAUGAAAAAUUUGUAGAGAGGAACGUUGUAAUCAAUCGUGAGUCCGAUUUCGCGGAUAAUGUACAAAAUGUAGAUGUACACCACAGUUUGUCAUCGAACAAUAAGAAUAUUGACAACAAAGAAGAAAACGUGUGCUGUACAUUAACAAAGACAAAUGAUAAUGGUACGAAUGAGCACCAAGAAAACAUGAUUGAUUUUACACAGCCAAAUGUGAGGAAAAAGAGCUUAAAUCCGCCUAAAGAAUUAUCGAAUUUCAAAUCGCAGAACAAUAGCGAAUGCUCUUCUACUGAAUGUGCCAAAAAGACUAGUGUUUUAGAAAAUGAUAGACUUGUAUCUAGUAGCAGUAAUAAAGAUACAAAUAAUGUUCAGUUUGCAUCAGUAUCAAAAAAAAGUGAAGAGAUUGUUGGUACAAGCAAAGAUGUAAAUACGUCAAAUAUUGUUGGAUUAAUAAAUAAUAUCGAAGCUAAGUCAGUUUCUCCUUUUGAGACCCCUCCGAACAGUUGGUCUCCCGAAAUUAUGGAUUCCGGUUACCCAAAUUCAGCAUCCGUGCAAGAUAUAACACCAGAAUAUGAUUUGUCCAGCAUAGCUCAAGAUCAUAUACCGGAUUCUGAAUCGCCUAGCAUUGCGGAAGCGCCAAGACUCGGCGUUUUGGAACCGAUUGAGGUGGAAAAUGGUGAUUUGGCGAACAAUAAUAGGGAUGAUGAGGGUAACAAUAUGAUGGCUGUGGAUGCUAACGAUAUUGAAAACUUGCAACCAUUUAUCGAUGUACUGGAAAACGAUCUCGAGAAUGAAAACGACAUUUACGUAAUGCAAAACGGUUUUCCUAUAUGGCUAUUGAGAUUAUUGGACAUGGCCAAUCCACUUGACUUUGAUAUACAAGAUCGGCAAAAUUUGAGGGAUCCCGAAGAUGAAAUUGCAGAUGAUGCUAACUACGUGGGUCAUGACGAAGGUUUCGAUAGCAGUUCUUCCGAGAAUGAGAGCGAUAUUGAAAUGGGAAAUGAUAACAAGCACGAAGCACAAAAAACUUCUUGCUGGGAGAGUGUGAUGCGUGUGAUAUAAUUAAGAUAUUACAAUGUAAUCAUACAUAUCAUUCUUAGAUGUUCCCAACAAAGUCUGCAGUAUAGGCUUGGAAGGUAAACUUAUAUACAUUGGAGAACAUUCUUGAUUACAUUUGAUAUCUGAUAAAAAAUUUUGCAUUUUAGAAUAUAGAAUAUUUGAUAUAA